UACAUAUAGCUGAUGUCAGUCAUUUUGUAUUCGAAGACACAGUUCUGGAUGAAUGGGCAUCUCAACGGGCCAACAGCGUGUAUCUCGUUCAUGAGGUUAUUCCAAUGUUGCCUCGCCUUUUGUGCGAAGAGCUGUGCAGUCUCAAUGCUGGUGUGGAUAGGCUAACAUUCUCGGUCAUCUUCAAAAUGGAUGAGAAAGGGGACGUGUACGAUGAGUGGUUUGGAAGAUCUGUUAUCCGGUCACGAGAUUUUAUCGAAAAUCCGGACAAGGACUUCUUGGAAUCAGAAAUGCCAGAAAUCUCUGAUGAGGUCACAGUGUUCCAAAUCAAGGAGAAGGUGCUGCAACUCCAUGCAUUGGCGAAAGCUCUCCGAUUGAAACGGAGUCAAUGUGGAUCCCUUCAAUUAGACCAACCGAAGCUCAAGUUUGCUUUGGACGAUGAGACAAAGAUGCCUAUCGGAGUCUCGAUCUAUCAAGCCAAAGACUCGAAUCGUCUCGUCGAAGAAUUUAUGCUCCUCGCUAAUAUGGCAGUUGCUCGUAAAAUUGAGCGCCACUUUAGAAAAACUGCUUUGCUUCGAAUGCACCCUCCACCGAAAGCCAAAGUUCUCCGAGAAGCGGUCACUUUAUGCAAAAGCAUAGGCUUUCCAAUCGAUGGUACAUCUUCACAGCAAUUAUCUAGUGCUCUUGCCCCUUUUCGGUGUAACUCACAACUUAUGAGAUCCAUUAAUCAGGUCCUUUCGCUAAUAUUGAUGAAAGCUAUGGAACUUGCGAGAUAUUUCUGUACCGGUUCAGUCGAAAGUCAAAGCUCAUACCAUCAUUUUGCUUUAAAUGUGCCAUUCUACACACAUUUCACAUCACCAAUUCGUCGGUAUCCAGAUAUAAUUGUACAUCGCUUACUAGCCGCUGCUUUAGGUUAUUGUAAGCCGUCUGAGCGAAGCGUUGAACAAAUCCAAAAAAUUGCUGAACAUUGCAACGAUAAGAAGUUAAUAGCCAAGAAAGUCAGUGAAGCCAGUGCAGAAACAUUUUUUGGGAUUCUCAUACAGCGAGUGGGACCAAUGGAAGCAAAAGGAGUAGUAGUAAACGUUCUUGAUGCAGCUUUUGAUGUCCUACUCUUCAAGUACGGUAUUAUAAAGCGCGUUUAUAUCAACACACUUGAAAUGAGGCAGGAGCCUUCAUUCCUUGAGAACCCCAAUAGGCUUAUUCUUUACUGGGAGAAUGAAGAUGGAAAGUUUGAGCAGUUGAUACAAAUGUGUACAGUUGUUGAUAUUGUACUAUCUGGACUUCCGGAACCAACUAAGUUCCAAGCUGUGAUUAAACCGAAACCAUUGAAGGAUUCGCCAACUCUCAUGCAGAUGUGGCGAGAGCAACAAUCUAGCGGGGAUUCUGCUGAUCUCAAUUUCGAUUUGCUCCUUCUUGAUUAG